AUGGGAGCCCAAUCGUUACCAAAGCGCAAAAGAAUACCUCUGUUCCACAAACCCCACUAUAAUACCGAUACCUCACCCUUUCCCCCACAGACUCGUCCCUUCUCUUCCUACCCCGGAUAUUCCCCUCCUCCCCGGUGGCCCACCAUGAAGCCAACAGACAAACACUUCCGCUGUAAUAUCUGUCAGCGUGGAUUUACGCGCAUUGAUCACCUUAAGCGCCACCAUUUGCGCCAUUCUGGCCAGAAACCCUAUUCCUGCGUGUUCUGCAAUGACUCGUUCGCGCGCUGUGACAAUCUGCGUGACCAUUAUACCCAUUGCUCCAAGCGCGGGGAUCGUGAAAUUCCUGAGACGGGCCAGAGGGGUAGGCGGCGACAUGCCUGUCAAUCGUGUACCGCGAUGAAAUUGCGAUGCGAUGGACGAAGCCCUUGUGGGUCGUGUCAGAAGAGAAACUUGAUAUGCAACAGCGAGCGGACGGCAGGUCCGAGCCAGCUAGUGAUCGAAGAAGAUACACCAAGCCUCGAGUCAACACGGGUGCAAUGGAAGGCUUCUACAACCCAUGCAAUAAUAUCGGUGAGGCCCGAAGUCUCUGAGGAGCCAUCAUCCGACCGAGGAUCGAUCAAAUUCCUACUCAAUGGUGGCACCGACAGCUUUACAGAAAACUUUGGACUUCCCCCAUGCAGCGAUCGUGAUCGUGGGCGCAAUCUCAACUAUCAGAAUACAAAUGGCUUCGAGGAAUUGCAGGGCACAGGGUUUCCAUACAACAUUAAUGCCGGUCAGCCGGAAUAUGCCUCUGACUUCAUUGAUUCCGACGAUGUCGCGCCGCAAUUCUUCCAAGAUACAUUCCUGGACUUUCUCCACGGCCCAUUUGGCGAUGGACAGAAGCCUGCGGAGAAUCCUUACCAUACUGAUGAACUGGGCUACGAGUCCGUCAUCCCUACGGGGCAGCAUCCUACAACAUUACCCGAAGAUUCGCCUAUAUUUGAACCGGAGCGACCGUUCGCGAUCGCAUUAAUUCAUUCAAUAUUGAGACAAGCGUGGAAUGUCCCAGUUGAUUCCAAAGCGCACGAGGAGAUAUCUGCGAAUCUCAACUUUCUAUUAACCACCACGCGCAUACGAAAAUACAUUAUGCUCUAUUUCAAACAUUGGCAGCCCAGCUGUGCAAUGCUUCCUAUAUCCUUUGAUCCGGAGAUGGUUCCCCUCCCACUCUUAGCCGCGGUAAUAUUUAUGGGCGCAAUGUACAGUUGCGACCAGAGGGAAGUACAUGUCGCUAAGAGACUGCUGGAUUUUGCAGAGCUGUUCAUCUUUUCGAAUGAUGUGUUCUCAGCAGAGACCGAAAUCAGCGCCAUAUUCUCGGGUGGCGGCCGGUGCUAUAACGAGAAAAACAGCGAUUGGGAUUGGUUCCAGAACUUCCAGGCCGGGCUUAUCAUCACCGUUGCCCAAUACUGGGGAGGACACCGUUUGUCUCGAAAUCGCGCGAUGGAAAAUCGAUUCAGCGAGGUUGUGAAGGUUGCUCGACGAAUUGAACUUGUCAAAGCCCGUCAUCUUCCUGAUGACCAAGUCUUAGAACACUUGUGGAUCCAAAAAGAGUGUCGGAUUAGGACUAUUGCUGUAAUUUCACUGCUCGAUUGCGCGUUCUUUUUCUAUCAAAAUUACCCGUGUCGCCUGACACACACCGAAAUGGAAUGCGAGUUGCCUUGCGAAGAAUUGCUUUUCUUCUCCGAGCACCCGUUCACAGAGCCAACCUUUCGCUUUUCACGCGGCCUUACCCUUUCGGAGGCUUUUGAAAAUCUGUUUGACGAAGCACCCGAAUCUAGUCCAAUGGAUCUCACUGCCCUCGACAUGUUUAUCUUGAUUCAUAUUCUGUUCUCAUUUAUUAAUACCCAUAUGAAACUUCUCGGCUCUUUCAUACGCAUAGGCAAGUUCAAGAAUUCCAGGCAAAGUGCCGGAGUAGACACAAAAGACACUACGAUUGCUCAAGAUUCUAUCCUCAUUGCCAUCCGGACUGCUCUAUCCCGCUGGCGUGACUACUGGAUCGCCCUACGCAAUCAAGUCACAAGUGACGAAUGGGCGUCAAUGGGAUUCUAUAAGAAUGGGUAUAAAUUUUGGCUUGUAUCGCAACUGCUUAUCACCAGAAAGAAUGCAGUUGAUGUGGUGAUGCAGAUGGAAGUGCACUGCGAGGAUAAAUUGGAGAAGCUGAAAGUUUUGCUGCUUGAUGACCAGGAAGAUGUAUAA